ACGCCAAAGGACAAUCAGGAAGCUGCUUCACCAACUUCUGAGCAGAGCGAAGGGAAUCUUCCCGAAGAGUUCCAAGAAGUGAUUGGUGAUGACGACUUGUUACUGACUUGCGCAGGAAGUUUUUCGGAAGAAGAAUCUUUGUUAUUGUGGCGGAAAGAGCCGAUAUCGGGGCUGUGGAUAAAUGAUCCGAUCCCACCACUGCCAGUCCAAGAUCUGACGUAG